UUAUUUUUUGAAGGUAGGCGUUAACGUGUUAAACAACAUCCUGUCGAAGAGCGAGCGGUGGUCUACACCUCUGCAGCGCUCUCAGCAACUACCAGACUAUUAGCAAUAAGUCAGUUGUCAUGGAAACAUGUCACCUAGAGGCGGAGCGACGGAAAAAGGCAUCCAGAGGCAGAGUAAAUGUGUGAGACUGGUUUCAGCAGAACUAACUUCCAGAGACCGUCGCUGAAGUCAUUACAGACAGAAGAACGACUGACCAGAGCUCAGCAGACUUUUGGUGCAAAUCAGAGAGAAGAAGCCCACCCACCAUAAGCCCACAAAUGCUUCAUUUGGACAGAGGAACGGGGGUUUGCUGAAUGCAAAGGUUUGGAAGUAAAACCCGGCUGAGUGAGCGGUCUGCCAGGAAGACGGAGCAGCAGGAAACAUGCAGGGUUUCAGCCGCCAUGAGAAGAUGUUGCUGCAUGUCUGCUUCAUGGUCUCAGCUUUCUGUGGUGGUUUUCCAGCUGCCACGGCCGAGUUCUCCCUGCAGCAGCCUGCGGUGGUCGCCGGCCCGCUGGGCCAGGACGUCCUGCUGCCCUGCCAGCUGCUGGACUCCCAGCAUGAGAAGCUCCUCAACCAGCCCGUCCUGUACUGGGAGGUCGAUGGGAAACAGCUCCCGUUUAACGAGAACAAAACCUCCUCCAGUUUCAACAAAUCCAUUGAGCUGAAGGAGGUGCGGUGGUCCGACGGCGGGACGUACGAGUGCAAACUGUCCAUGAGAACCGACAGGAGAGGAAGCUUCAGGCUGAAGGGAAACAAAACCACACUCAUCGUCCACGACACCAUGACCUUUAACCUCUCCAGUCACCAUGACUCCCUGCUGCGCUGUGAGGUCACCGUGUCGCAGGAUCCGGGUUUGACUCUGACGCUGACCAGAAACGGCUGCGUCGUGCAGAGCUCCGCCCCCUCAGAGCGCCGCGCCGCCAACGGCACCAUCACUCUGUCUGCCACCGUCCAUCUGAGCGGCAACGGGCAAUAUGGCUGCCAACUGAGGCUGCAGGACGUCCUGAUAACCAGCAGCUCCUUCCACAGCCAGCAGGCGGGUAGAUAUCAGCUUCAAGAUGAGCGGCGCCGGUACUCGGAGCCGUGGCUCCUCUACGCGGGCCUCCUGCUGGUGCCGGCCCUGGUCCUGCUGGCCGUAGUGGCGGCCAUGUUGAUGUGCAGAUGAGCUCCCCUGUCCUCCUGGUGGCCCGGUUCUACUGGACCGCACGCAGCUCUUCAGGUGGGAUUCACAUCCCCUCGUUUCCAUGACAACCAGCAGGACAUCCGGACCGGAGGAUGAGAACCGUUCUGGAUGUGAAUCCCGGCCCACUCGUCUCGGUUCCUCUUCUUCUGAACUCACUUCUAGUUUCUGCGAAACUGUUAGAUUAAAACUGACAUUAAGAACUUUUAAGAAAAA